AUUUAAGUCGUUCGGUUGGAGACUUGAUUGAACCAGCUCAACAUGACGAAAGUGUUUUUAUUUUUAACCAUUUUAGUUGCAGCAGUAUGGGUAUAUUUUUUGUGGUCGAGGCGUAGAUUCUACAAAAUAUAUUGGCAAUUGAAAGGACCACUGGGUUUGCCAUUUAUAGGUUUGGGAUUGCAAAUGAUGAAACCAGAAAAAUUCCUGCAGUACAUGCAACAUAAAGGACAGCAAUAUAGAACGCCAUUUAUAUCAUGGAUGGGCACCAAAUGUUUUCUUUACGUAAAUGACCCGGAAACAAUUGAAACCAUUUUUAAUUCUGCCAGCUGUACAAACAAAGGCGAUUUUUAUCGUUUCAUGGCUACUGCCAUCGGAGAUGGCCUAUUCACAUCCAGUUCACCGCGUUGGAAUAAACACAGACGUCUCAUAAAUCCAGCUUUCAGUCGCCAAGUCAUCCAUACAUUUUUACCCAUAUUUAAUCAAGCAGCCAAUGAUCUAUUAAAUAAACUGGUGACGGCUCAGGGUCAGCCGUUGGAAAUUUAUGAAAUAUUAAAGAGAAACGUCCUGGAGACUGCCUGCGAGACAACAAUGGGCAAAAAGAUGAACUUUCAACAUGACGGCUCAGCCGCAAUAUUUGAAUCGUAUAAUGGCAUAACUGAAGUAUGCGUUAAAAGAAUGUUAUCGCCCUGGCUAUAUCCGGAUGCCGUGUAUAGGUAUUCAUCGCUCUUUAAGCGCCAACAAAAGUACAUCAGUGUUCUAUAUGAAUUCGUUGAAAAUCUUUUGCAAGGUCAUGACAAUACGAAAAACUCUACUGCAUCUCCAUCAACAGUAACAGUAACGACUGCGGCAAUGGUAACAAAAGGAGCAAUGGCGACCGUAAAGACAAUGGAUCAUAGUGAAAACAAGGUAAAUACAAAUAAUCAAUACGACAACAAAGAUGAUGAUGGUAAGCGUGGUAGUGAUGAUGACAACAACAAUGGAGGAGUUAACAAAUCAAAGUCACGGGUUUUUGUUAAACAAGUUCGGAACCAUAUUGAAGAGGGCCAACUGUCAUGGCAGGAUGUUCGAGAUGAAGCGAAUGUCAUUGUGGCAGCUGAUACGCGUGAUGUAUUUUCGAAUUGUAAUAUGUAA